AUGUCGUCAACCGAAGCUAUCAACAAAUUCGUCGAGAGUUACGCCCAGCUCUUCAAAAAUGGGCAGCGCUCCCCUAUUCUCCGACGCCCGGACCAGUACGGCAUGAAAUACGAAGACAUCUUCUUUCCGUCUCUCGACGGAACCAUUCUGCAAGGAUGGUUCAUCCCCGCAGAAAAUUCACAAAAGCUCAUUAUCGCAAACCACCCAAUGACUUGCAACCGAUACGGGUAUCCUGGACAUCUGGAGGGAUAUGGUGGUUUCGGCGGUUUCGAGGUCAACUUUCUCCCUGACUACAAGAGCCUACACGAUGCCGGUUACAACAUCAUUUGCUACGACCUUCGCAACCAUGGCAUCAGUGAUACUGGUUCCGGCGGCAUGUGCGGCGCUCUGGGAUAUUAUGAAGCCCGUGAUGUUGUUGGGUCUCUAAAAUAUGCCCAGUCUCGUCCUGAAACCAAGAACAACAGCAUUGGUCUUCUCAGCCGCUGCAUGGGCGGAAACGCCACCAUCCACGCGAUGACACACUUCCCAGAGUACUUCAAGACCAUCAAGGCCAUGAUUCUUCUGCAAGCCGUCUCUGGGCAUGCCUUUGUCGAGAAGGGAGCUAUUAACUCCGGCCUUGAUAAGGAGGCCACUGUCGCCGCCUUUGAUAAGCGCAUCUAUGAACUUACUGGCUUCAAGCUGACGGAACUGACUCCGCUGCCUCUGGCAAAGAAUGUUACAGUUCCGACCCUUUUCGCUCAGGUUCGCAAGGAUUUCCUGAUUGAUACGUCUGACAGCCAACAAAUCUUUGAUGCUCUCGGAAGUAAGGAAAAGAAAAUGGUCUGGAUUGAGGAUACCGACAGGCGCUUUGAUGGUUAUAAUUACUUUGCCAAGGAGCCAGCGGAGAUGCUUAACUGGUUUGAGCAGUAUGUCUAG